AAUGUUUGUCUCAGACACAUUAAUGAGACCAGACCAGCUUUUAUCUGUAGAGAUCAGUGAGAUUCUGAUCAGACCCCCCCCCCCUCCUGCGCUGAGGUGUUUAAACUGCGGAUAUCAGCAGACAGACUGCUGAGUCUGACUAAUGGGAACUUAUCAGCUCAGCAGAGACUGUCUUCCUUCUGAUCAUGUGAUAGAACGGUCACAUGUCAGAAUACCACCAGCAACAACCAGAGAGGAGACGAUGGCUGCGGUUGAAAAGUCAGAAUAAUCUCUCUAACCUCUUCUCCUUGACGGAAAACAUGAGGUAAAGGAGAAUUUAUAAGGACUUAGAAAAGGACAAUCAUGAUGCGGGAAUCUGACUGCACUCACACUUUUUUUUUUUUUGACUAACUUUAUAACACAUGGAUGAUAAAUCCUCCUUUACUAACCACAAAAUAAAGCAAACAGGAUUGAUAUGUUGAAAUAAAACAACAUGAAAGGAAAUUACAAAUUGAGAAAGCUGAGAUAUUAAAAUAAUUAAAUGAAAGUAAAGAACUGAGCAAGUGAUCAAAAUAAGUUAUAUUCACACACAUGUGUAUGGUUUCCUCACAUAUGUGCUUUUGACAUUUUUAAGCAUUUAAGUAGAGAAAAUUGCUCUGCUGAAGGAAAUAUGAAAGGAAGCACUGAAGCUCCUUUACUCAGCUCUUCUACGUCCAGCUCAUUUCACUGAGUUAGGAACCUUCCUUAGAAAACAAUACUUGUGUGCAGCCAGAAGUAACAGUUUAACUGAAGAGAAGAUGAGAAGUGAAGCAUAUCACAUUUUCACACAAAGGGAAUGGAAAUGGGAUAAAGUGAAAGUAAAGCAGUGGAAGUGAUGGAAAGGCUCAGCAGUAUCUGCCUUUCAAAACAUCUGCCACAAAGAGCAGAACAGUUGGUCUUUAUAUUGUAAUCAUGAUUCCCAUGUUUAAUUUACUGCUGACAUGAACAACAUGAGUGAUGAAAUCAUGUGACUAAGAGCAACGAGGUCAAAGGACUGCGCUGCAUUAGUGUUAUCUUAGUUUAUUUCAGUGGGAAAAUGACAUUAAUUGAAAAGUCAACAUUGUAAAGAUAUGGUUUAGCCUUUUUCAUUGGCCCAUGGAGCAGAUGUCUACAUCUGUGGAGAGCUGUAGCUAUGAACUGUGUGUCUGUCAUGAGGACUGUCGCCUGUAGGGGGCACUGACACAGCUGAGGACUGUUAGUUUUCCUCAGGAUUUUAUAGUAAAGUCACUGAUUCCUGACAUUCAUCCCAGAGUAAAAAAAAAACUCAACUCAACGUCCACUUACCUGCUUAUUUGCUUUUGACAGUAUCACAUGGUCUUCAUCUGCAGAUGUAGUGGCUUAGUUGUCAACUGUAGAUGUAACUUCCACUGUGACUGUACAGACUUUCCAUGAAUAUGACUUGCUGUUGUAAACUGAGCUUCACAGUUCUAGUAGAGGACCUGGUUUCACACAUUUUUCCAGUCUCUGCAUUUCCUUGGAAACGUGACUCUGCAGCUCAGAGACCAGAGGGAGGGUUUAGUGUCAGACAUCUUUCAGUUCUCAUCGUGUUUUACAUGUCCACAGUGAAACUGCAGUACAGUCUGAGAUCGUCCUACUCGUGUGUCUUGCUGCAGGAUUAUCUUUGUGUGUGUGUGUGUGUUAAGUCAGUAAUUACCAGCAUGCUGACCAGGCUGUGUGUGUGUAGAUUAUAAAUGCAGCUCAGUCAGUCUGAUCAGCUGAAACCUGCUGCUUCUGAACAUCAUCAUCGCUCCUGCAACAGGUCAGUCUCUGUUUUCUGUCUGACAAAUAUUAAAGGAGCAGUUCGCAUUUUUAUCAAGUCUGUCUUGAAAUAACACGCAUGCUCACACAGUGGGUCAGAAGUGGUCUCAGACUUUUAGACCACCUGUAGGUACAUUUAGCUCCGGAUCAUUCUGGCCUUGCUGCAUUGAUGAAGAUUUUGUUUUCAUAAAACUGUCCAGAGUUGGUCGGUUAAUGAAACACACUGAUGUGAACUUGAUAAUGAGAAACCACAUGAGUUCAUGUCUGAAUAAUUGUGUGCUGCAGGUCCUGAUAACCAUGAGUCCUAAACACGUUGUCUUCAAGAAAGUUUCCCGUGACAAGUCGGUGGCCGUCUACAUGGCCAAGAGAGACUUUGUGGAUCACUGUGACUUUGUGGAUCCAGUUGAUGGAGUGAUCGUGAUCGACCCGGUGCAGCUCAAAGGAAAGAAAGUGUACGUGAUACUGUCGUGCACGUUUCGGUACGGCCGUCAGGACAUGGAUGUGAUGGGGGUGGCCUUCAGGAGGGACCUGUUCCUGGUGACCCGGCAGGUUUACCCCGAGCUGCAGGACAAGGAGAAACUGACUCACACCAAGGUCCAGCAGAAACUGCUGCGGAAGCUGGGAGACAACGCCUUCCCCUUCUUCUUCGAGUUUCCAGACAACCUGCCGUGUUCUGUGGCUCUGCAGCCUGGACCAUCUGAUGUGGGGAAGAAAUGUGCGGUGGAAUUUGAGGUGAAAGCUUUCUGUGGUGAAAGCCAGGAUGAGAAGAUUGACAAAGAGAGCUCAGUUCGUCUCAGCAUCCGUAAGAUCCAGUUCAGUCCAGAGAACAGUAAACUGGUUCCAGUUGCAGAUACCACCUUUGAGUUCCUGAUGUCUGAGAAACCUCUGCACAUCAAGCUGAGUCUGUCCAAAGAGACGUUUUACCACGGUGAGCCGAUAAAAGCCAACGUUGAGAUUACCAACUCAUCCAGCAGGAACAUCAAAGACAUCAGUGUGUCAGUGGAGCAGGUGACCAACAUUGUUCUUUACUCAAAUGACAAAUACGUGAAGUCAGUGGCCAAAGAGGAGACGGAUGACUCAGUUCCCUCUGGUACCACUCUGAAGAAGGACUAUACCCUACACCCUGUGCUGGCCCACAACAAAGACAGGAGAGGACUCGCUCUGGACGGACGACUCAAACAUGAGGACACAAACCUGGCUUCAUCCAGCAUUGUGAAGCAGGAGGUCCUGAAGGAGGUCCAGGGGAUACUAGUCUCCUAUAAGGUGGUGGUUCGGAUGAUGGCGACUGGGACCAUUGGAUCCAGUGAAGUGUCUCUGGAGGUUCCUUUCAGACUGAUGCAUCCUAAACCUGAACCAGCCAAGGAGGGUGAAUCAGACGACAUGGUCUUUGAGGAGUUUAAACGAGCCUACCUGAAGGGUGUGGUCUACGGAGACGACGAUGAAUCUCCCACCGAGGCCUGAAACCUCCACCGCUCAGACCCUGUCCCUGCUGUCCAUCGCUGUCCAGAGCUGAAGACAAACACAGUUUAGUCCAAAGACUUGAUGGUUUGUAAUGUUAGCAAGGUUUCCUCUAGCACUCCCCUCAGUUAAAUCGUCAGGAUGAUGUUUGAUAUGUCAUAGUGUGACUGUAGUGCAGUCUGCCUGUAGGGGGCACUGUGGUGCCGUGGGACGCACCAGUCAUGUUUUACAUACAACAUCAGAGAGAGAGACACAGUGUCGUAUCCUGUUUCUGUUCAGAACCACAGGGUCUCUGAUGUUCAGCUUCCAUCCAGAACAGAAACCCCAGUCCUGGUCCUGGUCCUGUCCUGGUCUGUCAGUCAUAUUCACUGACUGUUAAAGCAACAUGUCACUGACCAAACUGUGUCUGACCUGAGGCUCUAGCUCCAUCACAGCAUGUUGAUAUGAAGCAAACAGAGCAGGGAGUCUGUGACUGACAGAAACGAUUCGGAUGUCUAGUUCCUUUACUGUUAAUGAUCCCUGUGGUGAAGUAACUGCUGCAGUAGAACAACAGUGUAAAUGAUCCUGUUUUUUCCAGUCAAUCUGUUGACCUCAUUCUGACCUGAAAACAGAGUAGUGGGUAGAACAGAUGUGAAGGACUCUGUAGUGAAACCCAUUUUUACUUUCUUUACAACAGUAUUUGAUUGUGUCUCCAUUUAUUACAGAGGUCACAGGUCAACAGAAGAAGUUUGUCUAGUUUAAACUGAUAGUAAUCAGCUUCCUGUCUGAGAAUAAAACAAACUCUGUUGUAGAGAAAUGUGUGUUUUCUUUGUUUCAGAGAUUGAAACAAACUAAAUGUCAUAUUAAUAACUAUUAAUUAAA